UGAUGAGCUUGUAAUAGUAGUAUCGAGAUGCGACAUGCGCGCUCUGUGUUCGGUUCGCGGGCCGCUGGGCGGGGCAGCGCGCGCGCUGGGGGCCGGCGCUCGCCUGCUCUCCCUGCGCCUCCCCGGGCAGCAGCCGGUACACUUCGUGGUGGAAGCCAAGGCCAGGGUCAAGGAGCUGAAGGCGCAGGCCUACGCGCACAUGCAGCUGCAGACCACGACAGACACAGAGCUCUUCGGCAUAGCUAUAAUGCAAAACGGAGAGUAUCUAUUUCUUGACUUGGAAAGCAAACUUUCUAAGUAUGCGCCAAAGAGCUGGAGAUCAUCACACACACACGGCUUAGAUGCUAAUGGGAAACCGUUACUCGAGUUGCACCUUAUUCUACAAUUUCACGUCGAGAGUCCUCUACUUCUACACGACGAAAUAAGUCGUCAUUUGUACUUCCUUCAACUUUUACAAAAUGUACGUUCUCGAGACGCAUUGCCCGCUGAAAUUCUUUUGCUGCUGAUUGGAUUAGCGCUACAAGCACAGUUCGGUGACGAAGAGACUUACGAAGAUCAAGACUAUUUUAAAGUAGAAGAUUUUGCCCCAUCAUCUCUAAAAGGUGACUGGGUAGCAUCUGCAAUUCGCGCUUGCCAUCGUGAACAUAGAGGACUUUCUAAGAGUGAUGCUGAAAUAAGGUUCAUACGUGAAAUAUGCCUCUUGCCUGAUACUAUAAAUUCCCACAGAUACAGGCUAAAACAAUCAAAAACCGAACCAGAGCCUGGUACUGUGUGGCUCUUGGUAACAGCUAAAGGUAUCAAGAUUUUACCAGAUAACGGAUCCAUGUCCAACUUUAUUUGGAGUUCUAUAGGAAAAUUAAGUUUUGACAGAAAGAAAUUUGAAAUACGCACAGAAGAGGGCAAAAUAACACUAUAUUCAUCCAGUGAGGAAAAAUGUAAAUAUCUUUUUGCGUUAUGCAAAGAAACACAUCAAUUUUCCAUGAAAAUAUCUCCUAAGUUAAAUGAUAUUUUAAAGAAGGAAGAAGAUGAACGGAAGAAUUGUUUUUCAUAUUCAAAAUCAUUCAGUUCGAAUUAUUCCCAAAACAAAAAUGAACAGAGAAUAUCACUCAUAUCUUCCACUAGUUCUAACACAACUUCAGGAAUAGUUAGUGACAGAGUACAAUCGGAAGAUGAACUAGAAAUCAUGAUUGAUUCACCACCAGCACCCUCUACGGAAAGCUUGGCGUUUGCUCAUUUGUUAGAUUGUUCUAACACAUAUUUUAUUCGCCCACAAGACGUUGCUCAACCAAUAAGUAAAACGACAUCUCUUCAGCGACCAAAAACAAAAGUAAAAACUAAAAAAAAUAAAGAUGAUUCUGAAACUUCGAUAAAAGAAUGUUCACUUGAUUUAGGGCACUGCUCUACUAGUACGUGCGAUGAAACAAUAUCUUUACCAGACCAAAGUGUCAGUGAAACGUUGACCGACAGCCCAACCUCUAGUAAAAUGAAAUGCACUGGAUCACAAUGCUCUUCAUCGUGUAGUACAGUUAUAAUGACGCGCGCAGCGUUGAGCACUUUAAGUCGAGCUUCCAAUGGGAGCAGUUUAGAAUUAGGCUAUAGCCAUACUGCACAAAAUUCGAUGAUAAGUGACAACAGCACCGUCGGUAUAGAUAUUGAAUUUUCUCAAGACACGUCUUCAGCGCUAUACGAUGGCCUCAAUCCACCGAUUACCGUUGCUGCAUCGAGCGAAACGAGCGGUGUCUACACCAUGGGAAGUUCGGAACUUACGUGUCGAUCGAAGAUGUACUCUCCUUCUGAUGAAAGUAGGUCAGACUAUAGAGAUUCACACUUUUUAAGAUAUAAAUCCAACAAAGAAAAUGAUUUUGCCGAUUUUGAUAGCGUCUCCUCGAUACUUAAUAACAAAUCGAACCGGGAAAAUCUUAAGAGUAAAGAACGUAGAGCUCAGUCAUGCUCAUCAAACAUCGACUGUGUAGACGGUACAUCACAAUUUAGGACCCAAGCGCAAAGUGAUAAAGAAAAUUUAUUCCGAGAGCGGACAAAUUCAAACGUUAGUGCCUUAUCGUUCCAUGGUGACGGUAGUGAUCCUACAGACAAUAAACACAAUUUACUCAGCGCAAGUGAAUUAAGUGACUUAAUCGUUGGCCGCGGAAUAUACCCUAAGAACCAAUCUGUGAGUGAUACCUUUGAUUCAGUUUCAGACUACGUUAGGCUGCCAUUACCAUUUGCCGGAGACAGUUAUCUAAAAGGCCAUGAAGAUACAGCUCCAUCCGAUGACAACUAUCCGAACAAUAGUUUCUUCUUCGACCGCCCACCUACCCCUCCUGCCAGAAUUGAUAGUCGAAAGAGCCUCAAUUUAUCUCUUCCAAACAUCUUAGACUUAAACGACGAUUCUAUGUUGCCAAAAGUUCCAAAAAAGCCUCCUCCGCCGUAUGAAUAUAAUCACAAAACUAUAUCAUCUCAACCCACCACUCCCAAUAAGCCCCCUCCUGCUUAUCCAGGAACAACAAACGCCCCCUCGCCUUUAAAACCGAUUAACGAUAAAGAAGAGGUAGCUGCGAGAGUCGUUACGUCUAAACCAAUGAUAACUAUUCUUAAGGCGGAAGCAGGAGAAGUUAACGUUUCUGGCGAAAGAACGUUCGCAAGUCCAAUGGUCGUGGAGCAUCGAUUUCAAAAAUCAAAACGACACCAAACUUCUAGCCGAAGAGCGGAACGCUCAAAAUUGUCCCAAGGAAUUAAUAACACUUUUUCCGUGGCUAGAGAAAUGCCUCCUAGUGUAGAUUCAAGCUUGCUCGUAGCAAUGAUGAAGUUACCGCCCCCGCCUCCGCCACCCAGACGAUCUAGGCUUCCGCCCCCGCCCCCCGUGACUCGCUUACCGCCCCCACCGCCACCGCACUCCGUUUUCCAUCAGCAGUUAUACAGCGACGUAGACUACGUCUACUACCCUCUUCAAGAUCCAUCCAUAUCACAGCAAAAUUACUUAGACCACAAGUUAACGGAGUCGCGGCUCUCAAAUUUACAAAAAAGCAGCCUACAAUACAGAAGUACGCCUUUCCUGUCGACCACUCUGUCGGCCUCCUCGACCUAUGGAUCCAUACAGAAUCUCUCAGAUUCCUACAUACAGAUACCUGGUACUAGAACGAGCUGGUACUCGCUAGCCAGCAAGACGUCUAUGAGCAGUCAUUCCAUUAAUUUGGAGAGGUCUCCGUCCCGCAUUCAGGAAAUACCCAUGUUCUCUAGGACCAAAUCUAAUGACAAUUUUGUUAAAAUGAUGAACCCACCGCCAACAAAAACACGGCGAAUGCCGCCUCCUCCCCCGCCUCCGUACGAGCAUAAGAAGAAGCUACCCUCACACUUAAAAGAACUAAACAUUCCUCACGGCAGUAUGUUUCAUAGCGAAUUAAACCGUAGCAAAGUAAGCGAACCUAACGUCGACUUAGAUAUAAAAAGUUUAAGAGAAAAAAGUAAAAAUUUAGAUUUGCCGCUUAUAGCCGCACUAUGCAACGAUCGAUCCUUGUUGAAACAGACGAAAGCAUUUGGUGCCCCAAAGACGGCCAAACAGACGAGCGCCGACUGCGAUCGCGACAAGAAAUCUGUUAAGCCUAAUCAAAACUCCACCGAUACCUUAGAUUUAAAAAACAAACAACCUUUAAUCAAUAAGAAACCGAUAUUAGGAACUGGAACUCAAAAGAAAGUGUUGCUGCGAAAUCCUACGGACAAACUUCCCGCGAUCCCUAAUUCAGAACCUCACACCCCUAGGGCUAUGUCAAACACUUAUGUUAUGCAUCCAAAUGUAGCCAAAGCGAAGAAAAGUCAACACAGCUCCUAAAUGUCCAUUCUACACAGUACACACUCCUUCGGCGGAUCUAGGCGAGUUUUAGCUAAAACAUGUUUUACUAUUAAAUCAAAACAGUAUGUUCAAUUAAAUUAAUAUUUUCAAUAUUUGACUUUUACCCUUCUUCACCAACUACGUCUUAAAACGUUGAGUAUAUCCAAGAGGUAUUUAAGGUCAUUGGUGGAAUCUUAAAAAAUUGGUACUCCUAUUGGCCGCUAAGAUCACUUACCGUAAGAAGCAGUUGGAGGAAUAAGGACAAUAGAAUCUUAUUGCAUAGAACCGCUGAUGGAUAACGCUUUGCUCAUUUAUUGUGAAUCCUUCCAGUGCUAUGAGCUCAUACAUUCCUUUAUUAUUGUAACAAAAGACUGAUACUAGAAAUGUAAUUGCCUCUGCAAUAAUAUAAUUUAAAUUAAGAUUUAACGUAGCCAUAGUUCAAUAGUAUUACUAUGCGAUUGAAAAAUAAAUUCCAUUGUCUUACCUGGCAUCUUAGUUCGAAUUAAUUUUAUUCAAUAAAUAAGUAUGAAAUACUUGUACCAUAUAGAAGGAUUUACUUCUUAAUCGCGUAGUACUAAACGCUAGGUGAUCGUCACAAAUAUAGAUGUCAAGUCUAGACUACAGUCUACAUCAUAACAUACCAUAACAUUAUACCUGAGCAUGAUAGAUGUGUAUUUAAUCUUAAAUAUUAUCUACAUUCCAUAAAAACUUAUGACUACAGAGUAUUGGACCUUACUCCUAAACAUCAAAGGUAUUAAAGGGUAUGGUGUAUUUUGUCGUAGUCUGAAGUUUAGCAAUGUUUUGACAAUAUUAAAACAAUGUUUCUUUUAGUUUUUCUUUUGAAUAAUGUAAUAUAGUUCGAGUCAUUGGAUAGAGCUAGUUAAUUAUAGAAAUAUAAUGGUACAGCUAUUUAUUUCUUCAAGAAACAUGUACAUACAACAAUAAUAAGAAUGUAUUCCAAAAUGUACAAAUGUAUAGUAAACUAUCGUACAAGA